CAUUCUCUUCUUCUUCUCUUUUUCUCUGUCUCUCGUGAUUCUUUAUUCAUUAGAUCGAAGCAAAGAUGUCCACAGCGCCGUCUCCAGGAACUACUCCAUCACCAUCUCCACCAUCUCCUCCCACAAACUCAACAACCACCACUCCUCCUCCAUCUUCCUCUCCUCCUCCCACCACAACUCCUUCUUCUCCUCCUCCGCCGCCGUCAACUAAUUCAACCUCUCCUCCUCCUUCUUCUCCUUUACCUCCUUCUCUUCCUCCUCCAUCUCCUCCUGGAUCUUCCACUCCUCCUCUUCCUCAACCUUCUCCCUCCGCACCCAUCACUCCAUCUCCGCCGUCUCCUUCCACUCCUGGAUCAAACCCUCGAAGCCCUCCAUCUCCAAACCAAGGACCACCAAACACUCCCUCAGGACCUACUCCUCGAACUCCAUCUAACGCUAAUCCUUCGCCGCCGUCUGAUUCUUCCGAUGGAUUGUCUACAGGAGUGGUGGUCGGAAUCGCCAUUGGAGGAGUUGUUGCGCUUGUGGUACUGACUCUGAUUUGUCUUCUCUGUAAGAAGAAACGAAGAAGAAGACAUGACGAUGAAGCUGCUUACUAUGUUCCUCCUCCUCCUCCUCCUUCUGGUCCCAAAGCUGGAGGACCUUACGGUGGACAACAACAGUAUUGGCAACAACAAAACGCAUCACGACCGUCAGAUAAUCAUGUAGUGACGUCAUUGCCACCACCUAAACCUCCAUCUCCACCACGGAAACCUCCUCCGCCUCCUCCACCACCGGCAUUCAUGAGCAGCAGUGGCGGUUCUGACUAUUCGGAUCUUCCGGUUCUUCCUCCACCAUCUCCAGGGCUUGUGUUAGGAUUUUCUAAAAGUAUAUUGCCUAGUGGGAAAGAAGUUGCUGUGAAACAGUUGAAAGCUGGGAGUGGUCAGGGAGAGAGAGAGUUUCAGGCUGAGGUUGAGAUCAUUAGCAGAGUUCAUCACAGGCAUUUGGUUUCUCUUAUUGGUUAUUGUAUGGCCGGUGUUCAAAGAUUGCUUGUCUAUGAGUUUGUCCCCAACAACAAUCUCGAGUUUCACCUCCAUGGGAAGGGACGACCUACGAUGGAAUGGAGUACUAGAUUGAAGAUUGCUCUUGGAUCUGCUAAAGGACUUUCAUAUCUUCAUGAAGACUGCAAUCCGAAAAUCAUUCACCGUGAUAUUAAGGCGGCAAAUAUACUUAUUGAUUUCAAGUUUGAAGCUAAGGUUGCUGAUUUUGGUCUUGCCAAGAUUGCUUCUGAUACAAACACUCAUGUAUCUACACGCGUGAUGGGAACCUUUGGGUAUUUGGCUCCAGAAUAUGCUGCAAGCGGAAAGCUCACAGAAAAGUCUGACGUUUUCUCAUUUGGUGUUGUACUUUUGGAGCUUAUAACCGGGAGGCGCCCUGUUGAUGCAAACAAUGUCUAUGUAGAUGACAGCUUAGUUGAUUGGGCACGACCCUUGCUUAACCGAGCAUCUGAGGAAGGAGAUUUUGAGGGUUUGGCUGAUUCAAAGAUGGGUAAUGAGUAUGACAGAGAGGAAAUGGCUCGCAUGGUUGCAUGUGCUGCAGCUUGUGUUCGCCAUUCAGCUCGCCGCAGACCUCGCAUGAGCCAGAUAGUACGUGCCUUAGAAGGAAAUGUAUCACUGUCUGAUCUUAACGAAGGGAUGAGACCGGGUCACAGCAACGUCUACAGCUCAUAUGGAGGAAGCACAGACUAUGACACGAGCCAAUACAACGACGACAUGAAGAAGUUUAGGAAAAUGGCACUAGGAACUCAAGAAUACGGCACAACCGGCGAGUACAGUAAUCCAACAAGUGACUACGGACUGUACCCAUCUGGUUCGAGCAGCGAAGGUCAAGCCACACGAGAAAUGGAGAUGGGGAAGAUUAAGAAAACCGGUCAAGGACUUAAACCUCACCACCGAAUUGCUUUGGGAGUUUCAGGUGGUCCUGAUAGUAUGGCUCUUUGUGUUUUAACUGCAAAAUGGAAAACUGAAGGAUUAAGUUGUGUUAAUAAAACAGAUGGUUUUAUUGAUGGACUUGUUGCUAUAGUUGUGGAUCAUGGAUUAAGACAAGAGAGUAAAGAUGAAGCUGAACUUGUCUGUUCUAGAGUUUCUCAAAUGGGAAUCAGAUGUGAGAUUGCGAGUUGUUAUUGGGUUGAUGGUAGACCAAAGCUUGGUCACUUGCAAGAAGCAGCUCGUGAAAUGAGGUAUCAGAUGAUUUCGAAUGUUUGUUUUCGACAGCAGAUUGAGGUCUUGCUUAUAGCUCAUCAUGCUGAUGACCAGGCUGAGUUAUUCAUUCUCAGGUUAUCUCGUAGUAGCGGUGUACUCGGGCUUGCGGGUACAGCUUUUGCUUCCGAGAUUUUCUCCAGAAAUCUGCAGUUAGAUGCAAAACAUAUGAAGAACCGAUCUAUUCUCUUAGUGCGUCCGCUACUGGAUUUAUGGAAAGAAGACAUGUAUAAGAUAUGUCAAUGGGGUAGACAAGAUUGGGUUGAAGAUCCGACUAAUCGUAGUCAAUUGUUUGUCCGGAACAGGAUUCGAACGUCAAUAGGAAAUCUACAUUCAGGCAACUUCAAGUCAGAGCUUCAAGCAGUCAUUUCUGAAUGCCGGAGAACACGGUCGUUUGUUGAUAAAGUUUGUACAGACUUAAUAAGUCAGACCGUAUCAGUGACAGAUAAAGGGUAUGCUAUUCUUGAUCUAGAGAGACUAAAUCCUUCAGGUGUUAAAGAUAUUUGCCUCUCAAAGUAUCUUGCUGCUGUCCUGCAGUUUAUCUCUCAACGGCAAAGACCAAUCAGAGGAAACACUUCAAAGUUGCUUUUGAACUAUAUCCGCGCAAUUCCGUGCAGGACAUCUCUAACAGCUGCUGGUUGCUACCUUAGUCCAGCUCCUGGGUCCAAGGGUACCAAAAUUAUAGUUUCCUGUUCUGUUGACUGUCCUUUACCGUCAAAGACAGAACUCGUGAACAUUUGCGUCAAUGAAGCUCAGAAAAAACCGACUUCUGAUGAGUUCAGUAAAAUCAUAUCAGAUGCAACAUCUAUUUCAGACCAAGCAGCCCCGAGCAAAUUGUUUCAAGUCCAGUUUUUGGAUGUUGCAUCUGAAUCCGUAUUGAGUAAAGCCAGAGAGCUCAAUCUUCUCAGCGAAUCUACCUAUACAACCAUCGGUCUGCUGCAAAGGAAUGAAACGAAUCGGUUCAUAACUAAAACCGAAGACAAAUCAGUCGAAGAAUCAGAGCAUGGAACCAACAUACCAUCUUCCUCUGAUAAAGUACAUCUUUGGCCAGGGCAAAAUCUCUACUUCAUGAACCGGUUUCUCAUCAGAUGGAACUUGAGCGACCACCAAUGUGAUGAAGCAGGCUGCAGAAAUUGUCCAGUGAAGACAGCUACAUCAAUGGAGGUUCGGCACAUGGUUGAAUCCGACUGGCUCUAUCUAGCUGAGCUUUCAAAAUGCUCGAACUCAAACCAUUCUGUUUCAUCCUCACAAAAAGCUCUCAGGUCCUUAAAGUUAAUCCCAGCCGCUGCAAGAAAAAGCCUCCCGGUCUUGAUCAAUCAUUGCGGAUUACUACUCAGUGUUCCUGCUAUUGGCUUCAACUAUUGUCCAUGCCUUGAGGCAUCUGCAGUGUUUCUUCCAAGAGUACCACUCGGAGGUGGUCAUAGCUCAUUUCUCUAGUCUAGCCAUAUCCUGUUUCAUUCAUUCAAUUCUAACAGACAUUUAUUCACUUGUACUGAAUUCUUGUGAAACGAAAUAAUAUUUGAUCAAGAAU